UGUCUAUUAUUGUAAUAUUAUUAUGUUCUGUGCACGAUUGUCUUGACGUGUAAUUUCAUAAUUUUCGAUUGAAGACAAAAUGGUGUUAAUGACAAUGAUAGCGCGGGUGGUCGAUGGCUUACCUCUAGCAGCAACUAUGCAAGAAGAUGACCAGAGUGGCUGUAAUAUUUUGGAGUAUCAGAACCAGGCCAAAAUGCUGUUUAGAAAGUUAAGUCCACAAUCACCCACCCGUUGCUCAAUAGAAACAGGGCCUUAUCUAUUUCACUAUUUGAUAGAGAAUGAAAUCUGUUAUCUUGUGCUGUGUGAGAGAAACUACAGCAAGCGUCUUGCCUUUAGUUAUUUAGAAGAAAUUGCACAAGAGUUCCAUUUACAGUACGGAAAGAGGGUAAACACUGUGACCCGUCCUUACACAUUUAUUGAGUUCGAUACGUGGAUGCAGCGCACACGUAAACAAUACGCCGAAGGCGGAGCCCGAGCUCGGCGAGCAGCAGGGGGUGCUGCAGCUUCUCAACUUGGUGGUCAGUUAGGAGAUGUACAGAGAAUUAUGAUGCAAAACAUUGAUGAUGUCUUGCAGCGAGGAGCAAUAUUAUCAGAACUAGACACAAAGACACAAAAUCUCUCGAUGAUGUCUCAAAAAUAUAAGAAAGAUGCGACAUACCUCAACACCAAAUCUAUGUUAGUGAAGGCCACUGCUGGUGCUGUGGUGUUGCUGGUGUUUGUCUUGUACUUCUGGAUCCUUUAGACUAUUUACCCUUUUAUAAUUCUCGGAAUCAAGUAUGUCAGUGACAUGCCCAGUUAUAGUUUUCUUUACUUGGAAAAAAACAUUUGCACUGUAAACACUGUAAACAUUGUAACUGAACCUUAAAAUUACCAUGAAGAAACAAAUUAUAACUGGUUAAUUAAUUCUAAACAAAUUAUUUAAGGAAGUAUACAGAUAUUAAAAAGCCGUUUAUAAAUCUUUCCAUUCAAAAUUAUUAUGUAGUAAUGUCACUGGCGUAGAUGUGGAAUAUUGUAAUAUAUUUUAUUGAAAAUCUUCUCACAAGUGACUGGAUAAACCAUUUUAAUCCUUAUUACAAGAAAUUGCAUUCCACAAUAUGUAACACUUAAAUAUUAUGUCUAUCAUUUAAUUAUUCACAAUAUCUAUAAAUUUUCAUUAUUCUCCAUCCAAUUUGUUUAUGGCAUAUACUUCAAUUUAUUUUAGAAUGUUUCAACAAUUCCUGUAAAGUAACAUUUAAGUAUAACCUAUACUUAAUUGGAUUACUAAUUUAGCAAUAGAUUAACAAGCACAGUGCAAAAAUGCAAUAAUAUAAUGUAGCUUGAUGUUAAAAUGUAUUGCCAAUAUAUUAUUUUUAUAUGAAGUGGUGAGGGAAUGUUGUAAAUGUUUAUACCUAUUAUUAUUUAUUUAAGAAGUAUUAAAUGUCUUCUUUCAAA